AUGCUGGAGGAUGUCACGAUUAUGGUCGCAUGCAGCCGGCUGGCGGGGUACGCUGGUAGUACCCCGAGCCAAUCAUUAAGUAAGAAGGACGGCCAAUGGGACGUCCGACCCAUUGCUCAAGAAGGACCCUGCCAAGGGAAUGAGCAAGUGCUCAUUCUGCUCAUUAAGGGAGUCGUGAGCACCCUGAGCACCCUCAAGUGGAUAGUAUAUAGUCACUCGUUCUGGGGAGCUCUGGGAGUUCUCCAGUUAGCAAUCACAACUACAGUUCGCUACAAGCUCGGAAGCCGACUGUUGAGACAAGCCUUUGUUGUGCACCUUUUGGCUGCACCGAACCUAAGCACCCUUGAGAGAUUACCUUCAACCGAAGCUGAACCCUAA